AAAAGAAUACAAAAGAAAACUAAAUAGAACAAAUAAAGAAGCAAACCAACAAAAAAUAGAAAAAAAAGAAGUUCUUGUCAAAAAAAACUAUUUAGAAGAAAACUUAGAACAAGUAAAAGAAGAAAUUGAACAGAGCAAGCAAAGAUGUUUAAUAAUAUAG